AUGUUCACCCUCAGAUCUCACAGCCUCCUGGUGGGGCUUGUUAUCCUCGCUGCUUUGGCCUCACCGGCUAUUGCUUUUGGAGCUGGUAACAUUGCCUCAAUCUCCAAGGUUGAAGGCCAAAACUGGCGUCACGGCGACAUCACAGAUGCACUCCUGAUCCUCUCACAGGCUCAGGCCCUCAACGGCAAGAAGUUCAACAAAAUCAACGUCUCUCGUGUCUACUUCGGAAACUGGCUUCGAGACUACUCCCAAGCUAUCGAUGUCGGUACUGUCAAGUCUGUUUCUGCUGAGGCCAUUCGCCUUCUGCUCUGCGUUCUCGGCUUCAUGACCUUCGGCUACGGCUCUGGCGAGUUCGAAGUCACUGCCGAACGACUGGGCUGCUACCGUCCCGAGGACCACAUCGACAACCCCAAGGAUUACGCCGAGAACGUUGAUGCUCGUCAGUAUGAUGAGCGCCUUCGAGGCCCAAUCGACGAAGAACGAGAGCUGUCUGUCGAUCCCGAGACAGGCAUGAAGAACUACAUUGCAAAUGAGCGUGCCCGUUGCAUGACUUCCGCCAGGCACAUCAAGAAACUCUUUAGUGGCACCAUCGAGCUUGCUCGUCGAUACAAGGACUCUCGACGAAAGGCGGACAAGUACGAGGCUCUUCGCCUUAUGGGAACUGGAUUGCAUUGUCUGGAGGAUUUCUUUGCCCACAGCAACUACUGCGAGCUUGCCCUCAUUGAGCUGGGUGAGCGCGAUACUUUCGCCCAUGUCGGCCGCGAUACCGAGAUGGAGAUCGAGGGUGCUCGUGGACCAGUCUACCCCGUUGUCACAGGUACUUUCGGUGGUGUUGAUUUCCUGCACUCCGUCACUGGUGAAGUUUCCGACAAGUUGACCCAGAACGAGAUUGAGGAGCUUGAGGGCACUCUCCAGCAAGGUGCCAAAACCGACACCAGCAUGCUUCGCGAUCUGUUGGAUAAGAUCCCUGAUGGCAUCUUUGGUGAUAAGCACCAGAGUGACCGAGUUGACGAACUCCAGAACAACGCUGCUGCUGCUCAGAUGGAGAACACAAGCGUCUCUCCUCGCGACCCCGAGGAGUUCACUCAAUACAUCCAGAAUGUCUUUAAGCAAGUCAUGCCCGCAAUUGAGUUCCACGACGACAUCAUGAAGAGCAUUUCGGGCGCUAUGGAGAGAAUCCCCGUGUUGCCUAAGAUCAUCGAGCAGCUGGAGGAGCAGCUCUCUGUCUUCAUCUUCUCCAUCAUUGCUCCUUUCAUCGUUCCUCUCAUUCAACAGAUCCGCAAUGAGCUCAAGACCGGUUCUGAAGAGAUCAUUGCGAGCAGUGAGCGUGAGCAGCACAUCGUUUUCAACGAUGAUCGAUCUACCGACCCCACUCACUCCAUGCUCUCCAAGGAUCACUUCUCUAACAUUCUCAACGAGAUUGCCGGCCGAAAUGCUGCCUCUAUGGUCCAAUGGGUCGUUCCUCAGCUCAUGGAUGCCAUCGAUGACGAGAGCACCGAUGUGGAUAGACUCCUCGACGACAUUGUCAACGGUGUUCUGCACCAUCCCGCUCAGCGAGACCUUGGAAGCCGUAAGGCUCAGGAAGGUCGUCAUCGUUUCUUCCAAGGCGUCGAGGAGUGGUGGCAACAGAUGGGUGACGGCCAGCGUGAGGAUUAUCGUCGCAAGCUGACCCGCGAGGGUGUCCAAAACGGCGAGAACCACAAGGAGGGUGUCCACGAUACUGGUCACGGCCACGGAUGUGCUGGCAAGCUUAAGAUGCGCAAGCUGUACGGCGGCGGUCCUGAGACUCUCGAGGACAAGAUUGCUGGUGCUGCGGCUGACGCCAUCUUCAAGGGUGCCACUGGUGCCAUCUCUGGACUGGUUGAGCAGAACACUGGCUAUAAGAUGCCCUCUUCUUCCCAUAAGGAGGAGAAGGAAGAGGGUGGUCUUAGUGGCUUCCUCAACCAAGCAAGCUCACUUCUUGGCGGCGCUUUCAACGAUGACGACACUAAGCGACAAACCAGCAGCCGCCGUGAAGACGAUGGCUCGUACACUAGGACUGAAACCGAGUAUGGUCAUCAGGGCAACCGUUACGGUCAGGCCGAGUACUCUCAGACUCAGCGUCCUGACGGUAGCCAACAUGAGGAGUACCGUCGUUAUGAGCAGCGGGACUCUUCAGAUGGUCGUCACACUGGUGGCUACGGCUACGAGGAGCGAACCGAGACUCAUCAAUCCUACUCUGGAGGCUAUGAGCAGCGCACUGAGCGACAGGAGUACUAUGGCUCUAACGAGGAGAGCCACAGUCGCCGUCGUGAUGAUGACGAUGGUGGCUAUGGCGGUCGUCGUCAAGAGGAAAGCAGCUACGGCAGCAGUGGCUAUGGACGUCAAGAAGAAAGCAGAUAUGGUGGUAGCAGCGGAUACGGACGCCGAGAAGAGAGUGGUUACGGUGGCAGCAGUGGCUACGGUCGACAGGAGGAGAGCAGCUACGGUGGUGGCUACGGCGGCCGUCAAGAGGAGAGCAGCUAUGGCCGCCAGGAACAAAGCAGCUAUGGUGGUGGCUAUGGUGGUAGCGGCGGCGGCUACGGUCGUCAAGAAGAGAGCAGUUACGGCCGUCAAGAGCAGAGCGGCUACGGCGGUGGUAGUGGCCACGAUCGUCGAGAAGAGGGUGGUUAUGGCGGUGAUAGCUACGGCCGCCGUGACGAUAAUGGUUACGGCGGAGGCUCUGCUGAUGACUAUGUCCGACAGAGCUCAGGAGGCUAUAACCGUGAGCGCCGCGGCAGCCGUGACAAUGAUGAGUAUGGUGGUGGUAACGGCUACGGUGGUGACCGACGCUGUGCCGAAUGGGUAUCAGAAAACGACGUUCUCUGA